AUGUUCCUGAUGAAUGCUUCUCCUUUGGUAGCUCUUCAGACACAAUGGGAGUCCUUUGGACCAGCGAGGAAUUGUAGAUACCCUGUUUGCUACCCUGAAUCUGAAGAAGACGUCAGUAGAACCUCUGUAAGUGCAAAAGUUCAGAUGAUCAUAAACAACCUGCAAAGUCAAGAGUCUCCCCUGGGUAUGAACAAUGAGUAUGAUUGUAUUAUGCAGAAGAAACAACAGGGAGAAAAGGGCACUGGUAACAGAGUCGCAUCUAGCACCGCGCUGCUGCAGAAGCAUCCUCAGUACGCCCAGUGUGGGUGCCCUGCUGACUCGGAUGACACCGAUGGGGAGGAGAGUGUGGGGUUUGGGAGACUCCUGCUCGAUUCUGAUAGCGACGACUCGGUGGACCGAGGUAUAGAGGAAGCCAUUCAGGAGUACUUGAAAGCAAAAAGCCAAAGUGACCGGUCCUUGCAGGGGAAUGCGGAGUGUUCUGAAAACAUAAGCAGAGACAAAAGGUUUAAGAGAGAAUUCUCACAGAACAAAGCGGCGAGUGACCUUCUCCCUGUGAAAUUCAAAGCUGAGAUGCUCUCUGAAGAGUACCUGUCUGACCACCUGGGCGUUGGGAAAAGGCUGCGGCCUGCUUCCCCUCAGAGCAUCAGCAGUGACGACUCUUUUGAACAGAGCAUACAAGCUGAAAUAGUGCAGUUCUUGAAUGAGAAGAAGCAGCAAGAAAUUAGUAAAUGUGUAACUGGGGAGGAGAAAAAAGAUUCCCACGUGAGAUCUGUCCUAAAAUGCAGCAAAGAAGCAACAAACCAACCGAACUGUGGUGCUAUAAAGCAAGGUUGUAACGCGCUGCUCUUGAGACACCGUGCCAAGCUGCAGAAACCCAGCACGCAGGCCAAGUGUUUGCAGUCUAAAACCCAACCAGAGCCCAGUGACUUCAGCCAGGUGAACCCAGCGUAUCUGGAAAUGGCCACUGCCAGCCAGCCCUGGGGAGUGGAGCAAGGUGAAGAGAGUGGAGCUAACUACUGGGAGACAAGGGGAGCACUUGCCAGCGAGAGCGUGCACGCAUCUGACUCGAGCAGCGAUGAUGGCAUUGAAGAAGCCAUUCAGCUUUAUCAGCUGGAGAAAACCAGGAGAGAGGCAGGUCACACAACAGACUGUGUCCCUUUGCAGAGGGAGGAACUUGAUACAAAGGGUAUGGCAGACAUUUCUGCAAGCCUGACAAUUAGCUCAACAACAAGUGCCUCACCAGAAAUCCAUAAAAGCCCUGUAAGCAACAAGAGAAAAGAAACUGAUUCCAAGUCAACAGAAUUCGAAAGCACCAGCAAUGACUUUAACAAGCUGUUUAAACCACUGAAAAAAGCCAGACAUUUUGCACUUCCAGAAAACAAGAUUGCUGCUUGUGAGCUCACAUUGCAGGCCUCUUGCAGAGCGGACACAUCUGCAGAGCUCAUGUGUGCAGAAGCUAUCCUUGAUAUUUCCAAAACAAUCAUGCCAUCCCAAAUGGGAAGUGACAGCAAAUCACUCCCUGCAGACUCCUUCUUUUCUUCCCAGCUCCUCUCAUCCUCCCGCUGUGACAGUGACAGCAGCCUGGUGGACAGUGAUGAUAGCAUAGAGCAAGAGAUCAGGGCUUUUUUGGCUCUGAAAGCACAGUCAGAAAAGCUUGGAACAAAGCCUCCCAGCCUGUCACGCUCACUCCAGAUGCCUUUGCCUUCAGAUCAGAACAGCCUCACCAGUACCCUAGAGCCUUCUUUUCCCAAAUCACUGAAGCUGUCACUGAGUCGUAAAAAGAGACUCAAAAGGGAAGGCAGAAUAGCAAAACAGGGUGCAUCAAAACCACCUGAGCAGGUGGAGACAGAACUUUUCCAGCCAAGUAACUAUCCAAAACUUCCUGUGCUCCAAGAGGAACGUGCCCCGAGCAGCCCCGCAGAGUUCUGUGAUGCUCAAAAGCUUGGCAGUAAAGAGACGAGGCAGCAGCAGCUGCUGGCUUCCAAAUUGUCUGGAUCAGAUGGCAGAUGUUUGGCCUUGGACUCCGUAAACCCUUUCAUACAGGUUCAGAGUAACACAAGAAAGCCUGUGAAAAACUCCAUCCAAAGUCAAGAGAGGGAUAUUUCGGAUGAUGAGAGCAGUUCUCUGGAUAGUGAUGAGGACCUGGAUAGUGCCAUCAAGGACCUUCUGCAGUCUAAAAGAAAAUUAAAGAAGAAGCCCAAGGACCAGAAAUCUCAGUGCAAGAAGAGGGUGAGGUUCAGUGAGACAGAAGCUCAGCAGCUCGAUGGAUUUAGCAGCCUCCAGCAAAGCAGACAUCCUGUGCUGCUGAGGAGCAGCCUCUCCAAACCCAGAAAAGCCGCGAAAGAGAAUGUGGUCCGAAAUCCUCCUGAUGACACAAAUGUUAAACUUCCCAGUGAAAAACCAGAAACUGUGAAGAACUCAGAGUUUAACCUACAGCUGAAAAAAGGAUCCAAAUCUAAACCAGUCACAAACCAGAAUAACCUGCAGGCAGCUAAAAAUAGGCAGUGUACUUUCACAGUCACGUCGGGCGCUGACGACAGCAGUUCAGUGGACAGCGAUGACAGCAUCGAGCAAGAAAUCAGGAAGUUUUUGGCAGAAAAGGCUAAAGACUCUGCAAGCAACUCGGACUUACAGAAAGAUGAUGCAACUCUGGACCUACUGAGAGUGACCAAACAAACUGCUACUAAAGGAAAAGCAAAGCCACAGCCGGUUGAAAAUGAGCUUGACCUGGUGCUGGGUCAGAGUGACAAGCCUGAGGUGUCUCAGCAGACUGAGGAGCUGAAGAACUCUCUGAGAACAGAAGGCAAAAGUGCAAUGUUACAUGGCAGUGGGAAUUCUGCUUCCUCAGCAGAGAAUGUUCAUACUACUGGUCAGUCAAAAGCUAAGCAAGCACUGGUGGGGGUUAAGGAUGCUGCUGCUGGUGAGUUAUCUGGAAGCACAGCAGGUAAAAGGGAUGUCCCUAAUCCAGAGCCCAUGCAGAAAAUGCUUCCACCUAAAAGCAGCAAAAAUGAAGGUGGUAAAGUACGAAAAGUAGUUAAUGCAAAGCCCAGAUCCAAGAAAAAGAAUACCUUUCACCUCAAAAUUUCAAGUAAAUUUAUUGCAGGUCUAAAAUGUGCUCGGGACAGGAAGAAAUCCAUGCUUCUGAGCAAAAGGCAGAAAGCAGAGAGCUUGCUCGCCCAGAGCAGUGUGUUAGGAACAGAGGCAGCUUCCCAGGAUACAGAUGUACUUAACCAGGGAAGAGGAGCCCCCUCGCCCAAAGGCAAAUUUAGUGGGGAGAGUACAACAGCAAUAAAAGAAUCCAGUUCUCAGAAGCUCGCUGGGGAAGGGUCAAGUCCCCGUGUAGCAGAAACCUGUGAAAGACUGGAGGCUGCUUCUCUGCCUGUCACAGAGGAAGCAGGGGGUUGUGAAAGGGCUGGUGCUGCAGCAGAACAGUCAGAUUCACAUUCCAGUCUCCCCUUGCAGGAGCAGAGCGUGGCAGCAGUGAAGGUAAAUAAGGUUUGCAGAGGAACAUCCAAAGCUGAGAGCGCGCAGAUGUGGAUCGAGGCGGGAGACAUCUGCAGAGGCAGCUGGUCUGAUCCAGAUGUAGAUCCCCCACACCCUGAGCACAGCGUGGCAGUGGUACAAGCAGAUAAAGUCAGUAGAGAUGCAUCUCAGCAGAGUACACAUGUGUGCAGUAAGGGAGAGAAUAACCAGCAGGACAAGAGCCCAGCUCCAAGUUCAGGUUGCCCACCACAGGAGCUAAAUGUGACAGCGGUAGCAAUGGAUAAAACUAGUGGAGGAGCACGUACAGAUAAAAGCACACAGAUGUGCACUGAGAAGGGAAGAGUUCUCUGCCAGGACAGUGACAGACAGGAAGAAAUGCAGGUAUCCAACUCCAGUUUGGAAGGAAAAAUGCCUGUCCUGGAGAAUAGGGAAACUGCUUGUGAAGUGGACCAAGGGCAGGAAGUUUUAGACAAACCCUGUGCAAAAGUUCCUGAGCUCCCUACAGGGAUCUGCCCCGAUUCCCUCUUGAAAGGAAAGGUUUCAAAUCUGAGAAGAAAGGGAAGGUGUAAGAAGCUCAAGGUAUUGUCGGCUCUGAUAGAAUAG